AUACAACCAUGAGCUCCUUGCGCCUGAACAACCGAGCCGAGAGCCAUUUCCAAGCACAGGAAGAGCAUGAGCUGGAGACGCUGGGGAAGAAAGCCUGGGACAACCCUGUUUACAACGGCUCGCCUUCUUCCUCGCUGAAGAUCAGGGCCAUCUACAACCCCAAGUCCAUCCUGGAAAACCCCUACGAGAACAUUGAGAGACCGAGCGAUCCCCUGCCCUAUCAGGAUGAGAGGAGGGAAGUUGAGGAAGCCAAGAAGAAGUCCGUCCCCAGGUGCUGCUUCCAUAUCGUCAAAGGCAUUCGAGGACUGUGGGGGACGACUUUGACCGAAAACACAGCUGAAAACCGUGAGCUUUACGUGAAGACCACGCUGCGUGAACUUCUGGUCUACAUUGUAUUCUUGGUGGAUAUCUGCUUGUUGACCUAUGGAAUGACAAGUUCAAACGCCUACUAUUACACCAAGGUUAUGUCUGAUCUCUUCUUACAAACUUCUUCAAGCAACAGUGUCUCCUUCCAGUCCAUCGGAAGUAUGGCGGACUUUUGGGCGUAUACUCAGGGCCCCUUAUUAGAUAGUUUGUACUGGACCAAGUGGUACAAUAAUGAAUCGCUGGGCCAGAACACUCAGUCGUACAUCUAUUAUGAGAAUUUGCUCCUCGGUGUCCCGCGACUGCGGCAGCUGAAGGUACAGAACAACUCCUGCAUUGUCCACGAGGACUUCCAGGAAGAAAUUUUUGGCUGCUAUGAUGUAUACAGUGAGGAGAAGGAGGACAGAUCCCCCUUUGGGCUCCUCAACGGAACGGCGUGGCAAUACCACACAGAGGAAGAGCUUGACGGUUCAUCUCACUGGGGCAAAUUAACGAGUUACAGUGGAGGAGGGUAUUACGUAGACCUCAGAAUGACCCGGAAAGAAAGCAUCACCACCCUUCAAGUCUUGAAAGAGAACUUGUGGCUGGAUAGGGGAACACGCGUGACUUUUAUCGACUUCUCGGUGUACAAUGCCAACAUCAAUCUCUUCUGCGUGCUCAGGUUGGUGGUCGAAUUCCCGGCCACCGGUGGAGCCAUCCCCUCGUGGCAGAUACGAACCGUCAAGCUCCUCCGGUACGUCAGCACCUGGGACUUCUUCAUUGUCGCUUGUGAAAUUAUCUUCUGUGUCUUCAUCUUCUACUACGUCGUAGAAGAGAUUUUGGAACUGCACAUUCACAGGCUCCGGUACUUCACCAGCAUCUGGAACAUCUUGGAUAUAGUGGUCAUCUUGCUUUCUAUCGUCGCCAUUGGAUUCCACAUCUUCCGCACCAUGGAGGUCAACCGGUUGAUGGGGCAGCUGCUGAAGAAGCCCAGCAUUUAUGCCGACUUUGAGUUCCUGGCUUUCUGGCAGACCCAGUAUAACAACAUGAAUGCUGUAAAUUUAUUCUUCGCCUGGAUCAAGAUAUUCAAGUACAUCAGCUUCAACAAAACCAUGACCCAGCUCUCUUCCACGCUGGCCCGCUGCGCCAAGGACAUCCUGGGCUUCGCCAUCAUGUUCUUCAUUGUCUUCUUCGCCUACGCGCAGCUGGGAUACCUCCUUUUUGGGACCCAAGUGGAAAACUUCAGCACUUUUGUGAAAUGCAUCUUCACCCAGUUUCGAAUAAUCCUCGGCGACUUUGACUACAACGCCAUCGAUAAUGCUAACAGGAUCUUGGGGCCGAUAUAUUUCGUCACCUACGUCUUCUUUGUCUUCUUUGUACUGUUGAACAUGUUCCUGGCAAUUAUCAACGACACCUACUCAGAAGUGAAGGAGGAGCUUUCAAACCAGAAGGAUGAGUUGCAGCUCUCAGACAUCCUGAAGCAGGGCUACAACAAGACCCUCAUGAGGCUGAAGCUGAAAAAGGACCGGAUCUCUGAUGUGCAGAAAGCUCUGCAGAAAGGGACCAAGGAACUCGAAUUUGAGGAUUUUAAAAACAGCCUGAGAGAGCUUGGCCAUGCUGAGCACGAGAUAACCGCAGCCUUUGCAAAGUUCGAUAAAGACGGUAACCAGAUUCUUGACGAAGAGGAGCAGAAGAGGAUGCGGAAUGACUUAGAGGAGAAGAGGGUUGCACUGAAUGCAGAAAUUGAGAACUUGGGGAAAUCUUUCAGGGACAACAGUUUGGAGGAUACCCUUGCAAAGAACAAUCAAACAAACAAGUCCAGCUCGUGGUCUGAGGAAGAGUUUCAAACACUCCUCAGGCGGGUGCUGCAGCUGGAACGCUCCUUUGGCUGUAUCGUGUCCAAGAUUGAAGCGGUGGGCAUGAAGAUGGAGACCCUGGAAAGAAGCAAGGAAGAACUCAACCAGGAAGAUCUGAUCCAUCAGAACCUUGAAUGGGUCCCUGAGGAAGGAGAGGAGAGGGAGACGCCCCACAUGAUGGAGAAUGUCAACAUGAACUUACUGAAUACCAGCAGUACCAUCUACCCUGUCCUGCCCAAGAUGGAGCUGCCUGGGUCUCAGAUGCCCAAAAACAUCCCGCUACAAUCUAACAUGAACUUCUAGCACA